AUGAAAUAAAAGAUCCGAAGUCGAAAACUAGCGAGAGAGAGAGUUGAUGGCUUCGAUUUCAGCAAAGAUAGAUGAGGUGAGUUCGAUUUGGAUGACGGCUUUAUGCAUAGUUGUGGGUCUGAUAUGUCUGCAAUGGUUGAUGAAGAGAGCUAACUGGUGGUUGUAUGAGUCAAAGUUAGGGGAUAAACAAUACGCUCUACCUCCAGGUGAUAUGGGUUGGCCUCUGAUUGGCACCAUGUGGACUUUUCUUCGAGAUAUGAAGUCGUCUAAUCCUGAUUCUUUUAUCAACAAUCUUGUCCAAAGAUAUGGACGUACUGGAUUGUAUAAAACAUUUAUGUUUGGGCAACCAAGUGUGAUAGCUACAACACCAGAAACACUAAAGAGAGUGUUAACAGAUGAUGAUGCCUUUACAUCUGGUUGGCCAAAAGCCACAGUGGAGCUUAUGGGAAAGAAAUCAUUCGUUUCGAUAUCUUAUGAGGAUCAUAAACGUCUCAGGAAGUUAACUACAGCUCCCAUUAAUGGCCAUGAUGCUCUCUGCCUUUACUUGGAGUAUAUAGAAGAGAUUGCAGUGAAUGCACUCGAAGAAUUGUCGAAGAUGGGAGAAGUCCAACUUUUAACUCAACUUCGAAAACUCACUUUCAGGAUCAUCAUGCGUAUUUUUCUUAGCGAAGUGAGUGAAGCUGUUAUGGAUGUCUUGGAGAAAGAAUAUACUGCACUUAACUAUGGAAUUAGAGCAAUGGCCAUCAAUAUUCCUGGAUUUACCUUCCAUAGAUCUCUCAAGGCAAGGAAAACGCUUGUGGCUAUAUUAAAAUCGGUAGUGAAUGAUCGACGAAAUAAAAUGAGGAACAACAUUGCAUCGAAACGGAAAGACAUGAUGGACCAUCUUCUAGACAUCAAAGAUGAAAAGGGAAACAAACUGGAUGAUGAAGAUAUAAUUGAUAUUUUAUUGAUGUACUUAAAUGCAGGCCAUGAAUCUUCUGGGCAUACCAUGAUGUGGGCUGUUAUUUUGAUGCAAGAACAUCCGGAGAUUUUUAAGAAAGCUAAGGAAGAGGCAGAGUUGAUAGUGAAAAGAAGGCCACCUACACAAAAGGGUUUGAAUCUUAAGGAAAUUCGAGAAAUGAAAUAUCUUGAUCAGGUGAUUGAUGAAACCCUUCGUUAUGUAUCAUUUUCACUUGUGGUUUUUCGUGUGGCAAAAAAAGAUGUCGAUAUAAACGGUUAUCUAGUUCCUAAGGGAUGGAAAGCUCUUGCUUGGCUGAGAAACGUUCACAUGGAUUCUGAAAUUUAUCUGAAUCCAAAGGAGUUUAACCCUUCCCGAUGGGAGGGAUACACUCCGAAACCUUGCAGCUUCGUCCCUUUCGGUGCAGGAAGCAGGCUGUGUCCCGGAAAUGAUCUUGCCAAGCUCGAAAUUGCAAUAACUCUUCACUACUUUGUCCUUGGAUAUGAAGUGGAGAGGAUUAACCCAAAAUCCCCGUUGGUGCACCUUCCACAUCCAAGGCCUGUCGAUAAUUGCUUGGCAAUUGUUCGGAAACAGAAUCCGUGAUCGGAUUCUUUUCAUCUAUGUAGCAUGAGUUGUUCAUAAAUAAAUAAGUUUAGUGGUCAUGUAAUUUAAGAAUUGUAGUGUGACAUAUUACU